CUUAUGUACAUACAAACCGCUCAGUGGGCGGCCUAUAAGUACCGGCGGCACCCAGACUGAAAAACAUUCAUGCCAUCACGUAUGUGACAAUGAGUAGAGAUGUAAGAAAAUACGUGUAGACUUAAAAAUAUAGGUAGAUAAACCUUCAACUCACAAAAUUUUAAUCUUUAGAAAGUUGGUAGCAAUAAUAGAAACCAAUCGUCAUAGAUAAAAUGACGAGUAUGGAAUGGUACCUUGUCAAAGUACCUAAAUCUAAAAUCUAGCAACGCCCUACGGUUUCAUCAGCAUAGUUCCCGUUACCGUGGGAAUACGAGGACAAAAAACUUUUUAAUGAUUUCUCACCUCAAUAUAAUAAGUUUGAAAGUAUAAAAUAAAAAAAAAAUACAUCGAUGAAAAAGUAGGUUCUCUUUCGCGCCUCUCAAUACAAUUUUAAAACCAUAGAUUUACGAGUCGGUACAAGUUUUUAAACUGUUAUUUUUACUCUGCCUCACCGUCACCACUCUAUUUGGAAAAUAUUUCUGUCAAAAUUUUAAAAAGAAUAAUUCUAAAAAACUGUACAAAAUACUAAAAAUAUUUUUGUGUUUGCGUAGCUAUUCGUAGAUACGUUCAAAAUACAAAAUGAUAGUUCAUAGUUCACCAUAUGAUUAAAAAUUAAACUAAACACAUAAUGGAUCCACAAAGAAAAACUGUUCCCGGACCGAUGGCACCAUCUAGUGUGAGAACAGCACGCAAAAGUUUUGCAAUCACCAACGCUUUUAUAAAAAAUGUUAAUCCUCAAAAGGAAAUCGUAACUGUGCACACGAGCACUCCACACGUUGAACACAGAUCUUUUCAUAGCGAACAAAAUCAGGUUUAUCAAGGAGAAGUUAAUGUGCUUUCAAUAAUAGAUACGAAUAAGGAGAUAACAUGUUGCAAAUAUACAGAAGAUGUAAAAGAAGUCGCAGCUGGAUUUAUAGAUGGCAGUAUACGAUUGUUUGACUGCAAUACAGCAAAUUGUCUGCAUACUCUAGUGGACGAUGAGUGUCGCGCGUACCCCGGACCCGUCACGGCUAUCAAACACAGGCCCGUUAGCAAGGCGCAUCCUGUAACCAAUAUGUUGUUAUCAUGCUACGUCAAUGGAUGUAUAAAAUGUUGGAAAUACAAAUACGAACAAUGUUUGUACACGAUAAGGGAGAAACGGCAAACGCUAGGCUUAUGUUACCAUCCACGAUUUAAUAAAUUUGUAACCUAUGGCGACGAUGCUAAACUAAAUAUGUACGACGAAGAAGCACACACUCAAGAAAGAGCUUUUUAUUCAAGUCAACGCAAGAACAUAAUGGAUGGGCACACUUCGAGAAUAUUCGCAUGUGUCUUCAACCCUAAGUCACAUCACGAGCUGAUCUCAAGCGGAUGGGACGACACAGUGAUGUGUUGGGAUGACAGACAGCCAUACGCCACGCGCUAUUUCUCCGGCGUACACAUGUGCGGCGAAGGACUGGAUUUUGAUAAGCCAGGAAAGCAGAUUUUAACGUGCUCUUGGCAAGACAAAGAUAGUAUUCAAAUAUGGGACUACGGAUCAUGCAAACUUAUUGAAACUGUUAUACCGGAUACCUAUCAGUCAAAACUGUACUGUGGAAAAUUCGUUCCGCAAACUACUUUGUUAGUUUGUGGCGGCACUGAACCCAAUAUCCUGAGAGUCGUCGACAUCAAUUUGAAAGUUACGGAAUGUUCAGUACGAAAUAAUCCCGGCAGUGUCUACGCUUUCGAUUUUGGAACAAUAAGAAGAAAACCUUCUAAAAUACCCGAAACGUAUAAAAAAAUCAGUGAAAUACAAAGCAUUCCACGCUUAGCUUUCGUCACCGGAAAAAGAUUACAGACUGUAGACUUUGGAUGA